UUCACGGUCUGAUUCACCAAGAGAACUUUCAACUUGAUAUUUGUUCUGCUGUUUGGAUUUUACUAUUUCAAUGUUUUAAUGAGAAUAAAUGAGGAGUGAUCGUGUAUUGUUUAUGCCACAAGUUGUAACUGAUAUUAUAAUUCAGGGGACACACACUUUAAAUAUACAUCAAGUGCAGAUAAUUUGUCACACAUCAGUUAUAAUUAUCUUCCUGCUUAUCGGAUAACUUGUUUACAUGCACAGACCAACGUUUAACAUGUGGUGAUAAAUCAUUGGGUUUGAAAGCUGGAACUGUGGUACAAUACAUUAUAAAUACCCACAAAAGAUGGACUUUUAAAUAGUUGCGUUUAUAAUGCGUUAUUGAUUGGCAGAAUUUUACAUAUUCUCAAUUUAUCACCAGUGCCUUUCGUCGAUAUGGAAUCCCCUCGUCCCCUCCUUCUCUGUGCGGUACUGGCGGGCCUGGUCGUGUUGGCGGCUGCUAAACCACCACAUAUCAUAUUCAUAGUGGCCGACGAUUUAGGAUGGAACGAUGUUGGCUGGCACAAUGACAAGAUGUUCACGCCCAACCUGGACAAGAUGGCCAGUCGUGGCGUGAUCCUCGACUCCUCAUACGUGCAGCCCGUCUGUACACCGUCAAGAAACUGCUUCAUGACCGGAUACUACCCCUUCCACACUGGACUUCAGCAUAUGGUCAUCUUACCCAACCAAGCCUCUUACCUGCCGGCCAACUUCACCACGUUGCCCCAGAAACUGAAGCAGCUGGGCUACACCACCCAUAUGGUUGGAAAAUGGCACUUGGGUUUUUGCGACUGGAAGUACACGCCAACGUACCGUGGGUUUGAUUCCUUCAUGGGCUAUUACAACGGCGCUGAGGAUUAUUAUACACACGUGAUAAUGGAUGGAUAUGACUUUCGGUUCAACAAAUCCGUGCACUAUCCGCAAGAAGGAGAGUACUCGGCGAAUGUGAUAGCUGCGCGAGCGGAGGAGAUACUGGACUCUGUGGAUCCGGAGAAGGACCAGCUCUACCUCUAUCUGCCCUUCCAGUCCGUGCAUGCCCCGCUUCAGGUUCCUCAACAAUAUGAAGACAUGUAUGCAAAUAUUUCUACCAAGUCCAGGCGUACCUAUUGUGGCAUGGUUAGUGCACUGGACGAGGCGGUCGGCAACAUCACUUCCGCCCUGAGAGACCGGGGAUUCAUGGACAAUGCUAUCAUCGUCUUCACCACUGACAACGGCGGGCCGACGUAUACGGCCUCAAACAACCUGCCGCUUCGGGGUGCCAAGACGACGCUAUGGGAGGGCGGCACGCGAGGGGCGGCCUUCGUGUACAGUGAAAACCUCUUGGAGAAAACCGGAUACACGAACAACGAAAUGAUUCAUGCUGUGGACUGGUUUCCAACACUUCUUACACUCGCAGGAGGGGAACCAGACGCCGGUAUGGACGGGGUUAACCAGUGGCCCACCGUCAGUUCCGGAGCUCCAUCCGCACGCUCGGAGUUCGUCUACAACAUCGACGACAUUGACAAGAAUGCGGCCAUCAGGGUUGGCCAGUAUAAGCUGAUAGAAGGCUCUCCGGGCCACUAUAACGGCUGGACGCCACUUCCGCCACUGGUAGCAUCGGACAUGGUCAAUGCGUCAUUUGCAAAGCAUCAACUGUUCGACCUUCAAGCCGACCCGACGGAGCACCAUGACAUAGCGAGUGACCACCCAGACGUGGUUUCCAAACUGCUGGACCGGCUCAGUUUUUACAAGGCAACCAUGGUGCCCUCCAACUUCCCGCUCCCCGAUCCCGCCUCAGACCCUAAACACUUCGGCGGCAACUGGUCACCGGGAUGGUGCUAGGGUGGACGAACAUUUUGAUACUCAUUUUUAUGUUUUUUGUAUGAUUAUUAUAUUUAAUAAAUUUAUAAAAACA